GUCGCGCUGUGCUGGAGGGAGCGCGGCGCCCGGCAGCCGCUCCGCGCGGAGUGCGCGCUCUCUUUCCGGGGAAGGCGUGCAGGAAGCUGCCGGAGGAGCUCGAUGGCCCUCGCUGCAUCGCUGGAGGGCAGGUAACGCGCCCGGCACCGUCUUCUGGCGGGAUGGCUCUGCUGCCUAGAAGUCGCAGAGAUGUAACUUCCCGGCAGUUCGUGGCGCGUAUGGCCAGACCGGCGGGUUAUCUCAGAAGGGGAAUCUUGAAGAACUGCAUUCAGGCAUUCCUGGAGAGCCCAUCCCAGCCAUAGUUGGAAGCAGCGGAGAUGCUUCUUUCAUCAGUAACUCUUCAUGGUUACCGUUUCUUACCAUUGAUAGGCUCCUUUUAUUUCCAGGACUCGAUUUCCCCCCCUCGCCCCUUUAUUAUUACUGUUGUUAGUCUUGCACAGGUUGCAUAAAGAAUGACACCUUUCCUGAAGGAAGAUUAGAUAUGAGUAAAAACCAAUAAAGCCAGAGGAAGAAGUGAAAGGACAACUGCCCUGAUGUUAAGGGACUUCAUCUUGCCCAUCAUGGAGGCAGAUGGCUGGGACUGGCUAGCAGCUCCCGUUCAUCAGCUGAUAUCCUGGGGUGCCUCUGCAGCCAUGGUAUUUGGAGGGGUGGUGCCAUACAUCCCCCAGUACCGAGAUAUUAAAAGGACACAGAAUGCGGAGGGCUUCUCAACCUAUGUGUGCUUGGUAUUAUUAGUUGCAAACAUUUUAAGAAUCCUCUUUUGGUUUGGGAGGCAUUUCGAGUCCCCCUUAUUGCUGCAGAGCAUUAUCAUGAUAAUUACAAUGUUACUGAUGCUGAAACUGUGCACUGAAGUUCGUGUGGCAAAUGAACUGAAUAUAAAACGGCGCUCCUUUUCAGCUGCAGAUAGUAAGGAUGAAGAAAUCAAAACUCCUCCCAAGAGAUCCUUUCUGGAUUUUGACUUGAACUAUUUCUGGCACUGGAACAAGUUUACAGACUAUGUGCAGUGUGUUCUGACUUUCACUGGAGUAACAGGAUACAUCACUUACCUUUCCCUUGACUCGAUUAUCUUUGUUGAAACACUGGGCUUCCUUGCUGUGUUCACCGAGGCCAUGCUGGGUAUCCCGCAGCUUUACCGUAACUAUCAGAAUAGAUCAACCGAAGGAAUGAGUGUUAAGAUGGUGCUGAUGUGGACCAGCGGUGACACCUUCAAGACCGUGUAUUUCCUCCUGAACCAGGCUCCCUUCCAGUUCUCCAUCUGCGGACUUCUUCAGGUCUUCGUGGACAUGGCCAUCCUGUUACAGGUUUACUUUUUCAGCUGCUACCCACAAAAGCCCGUUUCACACGCAACACACACAGCCGGUACGAAGGCACUUUAAAGCACAAGGUGGAGGCAACUUUAGGUGAGAUGUCUGGAACCAGGCUUGCAGCUUCAUUUCUCCUUGUAACUAGUGUGUUUCUGAUCGGUUGGAAAUAGAAGAGCCAAGCAUGGAAACCUCUAUGAAUACCCUGUCUGGCAUUGUUUUUAAGCAUUUGCUUUUCCUGGGUAGCCUCCCACUGAAAUUUAUUUUCUCUUUGGGGCCCAGUGAGGUUUUUAUUGGGUGAAUGGUAGUACCGAAGUCUUAUCCACUUAUCUCUCUCUAUAUGUGUGUGUGAGAGUGUACUGCAAGGGCUGGAUAUUAAUGUUUUCAAUGCUAUUUUUUAAAAAAGUUCAGUCACAAGAAGAAUAUUUUAUCUGAAGUUUUUACCUAAGUUAUAUAAAAUAUGUAUAUCAGUAGUACUUCUGGAGUAUCUGUUAUAUUUCAGAUAUGGCUGGUGAAAGUAAUGUAUUCAUUUUAAGCAGAAAUGCAAAAUCACUUUUUAAAAUAAUGCACUUGGUGCAGGGUGGGGGAGACUGAAGUGAGUAGAAGAGGGGUUGGGCAAUGAUGUAAAGAAAUUUAUUUUAUUCACUAAAAAUGUUUAGUAAGCAUAAAUGUGUGUGUGCGCACACACAUGCACACACACACACUGCAGGAUCAGUGUGACAAAUUAAUAGAACAAGGUUAUUAUGGUGUGGGUGAUGCUUUCACCAUGUGGAAAGUACAAAUCAGACAUUACCUUGGUGUUGUAAGAAAGAAGUUAGCAAAGGAGUCUAACAGAAUGCAGAAGCACCCUUGUUUCUGAAACGAUGGCACUCAUUCAGGGGACGAGGAGGUUGAGGACUGCUAUGGAGGCAUUGCUAAAAGGACCGGUUAAGGUUUUUGAUAGUAACAGCAGGAAACCGGGAAGCCAGAAGGAAGGAAAUUCAAUGCGUAUCUUAGGGCUAACUGACUCUCUGUGCUGUAUGUCUCUUCCAUGGAGAAGAGAGCACUCACACCUAGCUGUGUCUUCCCAGCAUGGGCACUGUGGAACAUCUUGAAACAUGUGAGUCGUAAGCCGCACUACCCUGUUGGAGGACGGUCAGUGUAAUUGUAAAGGAAACUACCUGGGUAGGCUCCCGGACACCUCCCCCACCCCAUAGUAAGCUAUCCUAGGAGAGUCAUUCUGAGAAGGAAGAACUAUCGCCCAGUGAUGGGCAGGCUCUUUUCUAACAAGAAGACUGAAGUGUGACAUUUUUCUGAGUAUUAUUUAAUGCCAAAUGCUGUGUACAAAUACAAAUAUUUGUAGUAGCCAAAUCCUGGAGAUGCUAAACAGUAUUCUAAGCCCAAUAAGUUCUCACAGGUUGCUUCAUUUUAGCAAGUACUACAGCCAGUAACUGCAUGGUGAGAAUGAAAAGGCAUGCAUAGCUACAUGCCACACGGAUGACAGACAAGAAGGAUCUAUAUGUGAAAUACGUUUGUCAGUUUCAGACGUCCCUUCCUGAAGACUUGGCCUAUACAGCUUGGAUGGUUCUAUUUUUGAAGCUCCUUGCCUUUGGUCAGUUGCCAAGAGCAACUUGCCUCGACCCCCAUGAGCUAAUCAUGCAGUCUUGCUGGGCUUCAGGAAUUGCUCUAUUCUCUUAAAAGAAACUGAUGGUAAUCCAGAAACGUACAUUCCGCACUGGCAGAUACACCCUGCAAGAGGAUGGCAUUUUACAUCAGGAAGAGACGCUUGUUAAAUUGCUCCCUUUAUUCCCUAAAAUUGUUCCAAAGAAUAGAUUACUUUAUGUAUUCUUAUGUCUGAUCCACAAAACCUGGGCAUCUUCCUUGCCUUGUUCAUUUGGCUGUGCCAAAAAUGAUCUGUCUGAAGAAACAGGAAACGUUAACUAUUGCAAGAGAGCGAAAGCCUAUCAGAAUUUUUGUUUUAAGGAAUUAUUUACCUUCUGCACAUUUACUUUCCAAAUUCUUAAUCCAACAAGUGUUGAAAAACCUCAGAACUGGCUAGGCUUCCACUUCUGCAAAUGAAACCCUUCAUGUUUGAAGGAUGAAUUGUGCCAAUCUGGCAGCUUGAAUGCCCAGGAAAUCAGUCUGUUCUUCAAAAGAGAGGGUAGGGCUUGUGGUGGAUCUCUCCAUGCCUGACUUGGAAUGGAUGCAAAAACCUCAGGAAAGCUGCUUUAUUCAGAGCUUGGUGUGAAGCACUACAGUUGACCUCAGACUUCUUGCUAUUGAUUGGCUACCAUGCGCACUCCCUUAUGCCUGAAGUGACCUUACAAAGCUGAUGUUAUAUGGCAUGGCAGAAUAUGAAUGUUUAAUCGCUCUCCUUUUGCAAAUGUCCUGGCUGCAUUGGAACAUCUGGGCAUUUGUCUUUUAAAUUAUAGAUCUCCAUCAUACUAUUUCCCUAGUAUGCUGCUAUAAUGAGGAUUGUAUUUCUACGUGUACAACAGGAUUUCUUGUAACUUGCUAUGCUAGGCUUUAUUUUUGUAUGGGGCAGUCUCCCUCCCUCCACUCUUCCCAUGGAAAAGGGAUUCAGGAUUAAGCUAGUAUGUGCUAUCUUAGCCUGUGUAUAUCCCCAACUCCGCUUUAUUGAAAGUAUUAUUGAAAGUAAAAUUGGUAGUAGUUCCCCAUUUCCCUCCUUGGAAGCUGGGCACAAGUUCUUCACAUCUGAGUCAAUAAACCAAAAAGCAAGCUCAGGGCACCAUGUUACAGCUGCAAAUAUCAUUCAGAGAAGUCAGUAGUCUGGUGUCUAAAAAUGUUACUUUUAUUUGUGGCAUAUGGAAAACUGGAGAACUUAAAACUGUGAACUCUCCUGAAUUUCAAAUGGCAAGAGUCAGGGGUCAUUUCAAAACAUACCACUUGCUGUACCUUUACCAUCAACCACAUUGGGAUGGGUUUUUUUCCUAACUGCAUUUUUGCAUGGUGUUGGUUCUGUAGAAAAGAUGCUGUGACUCCUGCAUACAUGCAAACAUUCUCCCAGCCACAGGGGAAUUGCUCACAGGUAAGAAGAUCCCACACACCUGGGAGAAAACUAAAGAGCAGCUCAGUGGUCAGUGAACCACCUCCUUUAAAUACUUAACAAGAUGUUUUACAUGUAAAGAAAUCUUGUGUGGCAGUGAUCAUAUAUCACAGGUUUGACAUACAUAAAAUUUAAAUGCAUCUCGUUGUUGAAUAUGACUAUUUCAAUGAAACCUAUGUUGACUAUCAGUUGCAUUAAAAAUAAACAAGUUAUGCACAGGU